CUUCUAACGUAUCGGUGCUGCUCUUGUGUGUCUAAUUUAGGCACUAUAAUGACCGCACCACAAUGCGAGAUAUCAUUGAUUUCCAACAAUCCUCUAUCCUUAUGUACCUGGUGCUGGUUCGAUUGUGAUGUCUAUGAUAAUUUACUCGAAGAAAAAGUAGAGAAAAGACUAGUCGUAUUCUUUCAUUUAGUAUAUAAGUGAGUACUAGAAGGUCUCUUGACCUUGUCACCAAGAAAAGAUGGCGGAUCCGGUUCUCUGUCACCCAAACAACUACCUCUACGCGUCAUUGGGCGCAUCAGCAGCAAUUGUAUUCGCAAAUCUCGGCGCUAGCUAUGGCACGGCAAAGGCGGGAGUAAAUUUAUGAUUUAAGAAGAGGUUGUUUUUUGUUUUGCACCAUCGUCCUUACCACUCAGACUCUGCAGUUAUUCAAAUCAAGUGAUGAAAAGUAUUUCAGUGUAUCAUGUUCUGGGUGGUUUUGCAGAAGAAAGUGCAAGGGAUAGUUGAUGUUGGUUGACGUAUCCCAUCGGUAUUGCAGCAGCUAGUCGUAUCUGACACUUCUAGUACCGUUUUUCCUACACAAUUUUUUUUUCAGAUCGGAAUUGGCGGUAUGGGAGUCAUGCGAGGCGACCUAGUUAUGCGAAGUCUUAUUCCAGUAGUCAUGGCGGGUGUGCUUGGUACUAUGUAUGGUUUUUACAGCAUAAGCUUACGACGUUCACAACAAUGACUUGAUGAUGAAAAUGAUGAGGCAUAUUAUGCUAUCGACGAUAUACAAUUUUCUGCUUAUCAUAAUCCCUGCUUAAGCAAGUUGCCGAAUAGAUUCAAAUCAUCAUUCUCAUCCGUUCUCCGCCGAAUUCCCUUCUCCACUUUCACCUCAUUCGACACAGGUAUCUACGGUCUCAUCAGCGCAGUUAUUAUCACAGGGAAGCUUUCAAAGCCAUCGGAGAUCUCAACGUUUCAGGGGUACUCUCUUUCUCUCUCUUUUGUAUCUACACUGAUUUUGUCAAUUACAUUUUUGUUCCACUACGACUUUGUUUUCUUUUCAGUGUCGUUCUUCUUAUGACCAAAUCCUACAAGUACCUUCAGAUAUUGUUUCAUUUCUUCUACAACUUUUUACAUCUUAGGUACUCUCUUCUCGGCGCAGGGGUAACAGUAGGCAUGAGCUCAGUAGCAGCCGGCUAUGCAAUCGGCAUCGUCGGUGACGCAGGCGUCAGAUGCAACGCUUUGGCGAACGGUAUAGAGUUACAGCGGAGAUUUCAGUAAAAUCACCUUCAUGUCAUAGGCACAUCACCCUCACAGUAUUGUCGUUGCGCAGGACACAUUGAAAAUAUUACAACUUCAUUGAGAUAUGACUCGUUCUGCAGAACAACAGAAUCGUUUGUUUAUAGACUGCUCCUACUUGUUGAUCAGGGCGGCUCUUCGUCGGCAUGAUUUUGAUUUUGAUUUUCGCAGAAGCUUUAGGCCUCUAUGGUUUGAUUGUCGGCCUUGUUGUGGCUUCGGGGAGCGACAAGGCGGGCUUGUGCAAACCAUACUAGAAGAUGUCUUUAACGGUUCUAGGAAUUCUUCUUCGCAAAGACUAGCUGUGGAACAAGAUUAGACUCCCUGGACAAACAAGUUCCGCAUUAUCGUGUGGUAGUACAACAGCAUCCGGAACCUCAGGAAGAACAAGAACCGCAUUAAACUCGAAAUGAAGAACAGUAGAAGACGUCAUCUACUUCAUGAUACUUUUAGUAGACAUCUAACAUCCAAUUUUACACCAAGACUCAAGACUCCGUCAAUUAGAACAUCCGUCAACGACUUUCUUUUACCAUAGUACUAGCAGUAUGGAAGAGUUGUAGAAGGGCAGACUCAUCACAGCAGCAGGGCAAAUUUUUUUAUCGGUGAGCGGGCUCACGACGUAGCAACCACCCGCGAUUCUCGUAGUCUGGUCGGUAGCGCGGUUUCUCACUUUGGGCUUCCUUUCAAUGUGCAGACAUAAUGCAGUGGCCACUUCCGUUGUUAGCCUUUCAAGGAUGAUUACGAGCCGGAGAAGGCGGUCGAUGGCCGACAUUUGACGCGUUGUGAUCGUCGGCGUUGUGUAGUCAUGUCAACAUCUUACCCUUUAUAUUGUUGAAAGAGGACAACGACACGCCAUUUUUUUAGAAGAUACAUAGCAUUGCAAGCCCUGAUGAGACGCCGCAACUACCAACAAGGCUACUUGACCGGUGCUUUAAACACGACGAGUUCUUUCCCCUGUGUGACUUUAGCUGCUGAGAUCUUACCGAAGUAUCAAGAAGCUACAAAACGAAUAGCUAAACAAGGCUCCUCUGAUGGCGGGUGUUGAAGCUCCAGAGAGGGGUGUCAGGCAGAU